ACUAAAAAAAAAUUAGGGUUCAAAUACUACGUUCUAUGCCACCAUAGAACUCAAUUGACAGAAUUACACAAUAAUAAGAGUUGAGCGCAGACAUGCUGAGGACACUAGUUCUGAAGCGCACCGUCGCUCUCACUCGCCACCACUCGCAUUCCGUCUUCCUCCGCCGAUUCUCGGCGGCGCCGGAACCCGCAUCCUCCGCCGAUGCAGAAACCCGCAAGUACGCGGGCUACGCGGCGCUGCUCCUCUUCUGCGGUGCCGCCACCUAUUACACCUUCCCCCUGCCGGACGAUGCAAAGCACAAGAAGGCGCAGAUCUUCCGGUACGCGCCGCUGCCGGAGGACUUGCACACAGUGUCGAACUGGAGCGGGACGCACGAGGUGCAGACGCGCAACUUCUUCCAGCCGGAGAACGUGGAGCAGCUGGAGAGCGUGGUGAGGGAGGCGAACGAGAAGAGGACCCGAAUACGGCCGGUCGGGUCGGGGCUGUCGCCGAACGGGAUCGGGCUGUCGAGGGCCGGAAUGGUGAACUUGGCGCUGAUGGAUGGGAUAUUGGAAGUGGACAAGCAGAGGAAGACUGUGAGGGUGCAGGCCGGGAUCAGAGUGCAGGGACUCGUGGAUGGACUCAAGGACCAUGGCCUUACCUUGCAGAAUUUUGCUUCCAUUAGGGAGCAACAAAUUGGUGGCAUUAUUCAGGUUGGUGCACAUGGCACCGGUGCAAAGUUGCCUCCUAUUGAUGAACAAGUGAUUGCCAUGAAAUUGGUCACCCCUGCCAAAGGAACUAUAGAAAUAUCAAAAGAUAAAGAUCCUGAGCUGUUUUAUCUUGCUCGAUGUGGUCUUGGAGGACUUGGAGUUGUGGCUGAAGUCACCCUUCAGUGUGUUGAUCGACAGGAGCUUGUGGAGCACACAUUUGUCUCAACCAUGAAGGAGAUAAAGAGAAAUCACAAGAAAUUGCUGUCUGAUAAUAAGCAUGUGAAGUACCUUUAUAUCCCUUACACCGACACUGUUGUGGUUGUGCGAUGCAAUCCUGUUUCAAAGUGGAAAGGUCCUCCCAAGUUUAAACCACAAUAUACUCAAGAUGAAGCCAUACAGCAUGUGCGUGACCUUUACCGGGAGUCCCUCCAGAAAUAUGGAGCAGAAGGAUCUAGGGGUAAAUCAGCAGAAGAACAAAAUAUAGAUGAGCUUUCUUUCACAGAAUUAAGAGAUAAACUAAUUGCCCUGGAUCCUCUCAAUAAAAAGCACAUCAUCAGCAUCAAUCAAGCUGAGGCCGAGUUUUGGCGAAAGUCAGAAGGCUACAGGGUUGGAUGGAGUGAUGAAAUAUUGGGCUUUGAUUGUGGAGGCCAACAGUGGGUGUCGGAGACAUGUUUCCCUGCUGGAAAACUAGCUAAUCCAAGCAUGAAAGACCUUGAAUACAUUGAAGAGCUGAAGCAACUUAUAGAGAAUGAAGAGAUACCUGCACCUGCUCCAAUUGAGCAGCGUUGGACAGCGAGCAGUAGGAGUCCCUUGAGUCCUGCUUCAAGCCCUUCUGAGGAUGAUAUAUUUUCUUGGGUGGGUAUAAUCAUGUACCUCCCUACCAUGGAUGCUCGGCAGAGGAAGGAUAUAACAGAAGAAUUCUUUCAUUAUAGGCAUUUGACUCAGGCGAAAUUAUGGGAUCGUUACUCUGCAUUUGAACACUGGGCUAAGAUUGAGGUUCCAAAGGAUAAGGAGGAACUUGCUGCUCUCCAAGCAAGGCUAAGAAAGAGGUUUCCUGUGGAUUCAUACAAUAAAGCAAGAAAGGAACUGGACCCCAAUAGGAUCCUUUCAAAUAACAUGUUGGAAAAGCUCUUCGCGCAAUCAGACACCAUAUAAAUUCUGGUCACAUGUUGGAACUUCGAGAUGCAAAAUAUCUGGUGCACAAUAUGGAUUAUUAUGCCUAUUCUGCCUGCCAGAUGCAUUAGACUCGGAAGCUUAAAGAAUUGUGGUGUAUGUACAUAUAGAGGAACUGGAUUGAGCUUUUCGUUCUUACUAAUCUCAUCUGAAAGAGGAAGCAUAAAGAAAGGGUGAUGGGGGGAACUGGGGGAAAAAAAAUAUUUUGAUAUAUUUGUAUGAGUGGCUGCCUGAUAAGGAUGAAUCAUGUCCAUCAUACUUCAUUUUUUUGCUUUCAAUUGUUAUGCCACAUCAUGUUUGAGAUUUUUAAAAACAUUUUUCUUGUCAUGAUAAAUAUCGGAUGCAAGAUCUUCCGAAAGAAACCGAAGGCAAAGAAGAAAAAGCAGCAAUGGUUGUUAGAAAAGUGCAGUAAUAAUGGGGAUUGCUCCAAUUGGUGUCUAUAUUUUUUUCCUCGAGAUAUUGGUACCUUAACGAGGUAUCAAACAUAUACUGUUUAUUAACUUAGUGCUCUCAAACAUAUUUUUAUGUCACUCAUCAAGGGUUAUGGUAUGUUUGAAAGGAAAAAAAAAACAACAAAAAGAACCCAAAAACCAUAGGUUUCUGUGCCA